CCAAAUGACUACCUCGUGGGUUGGAUAUGCGCCAUUAGCACCGAGUAUGCUGCGGCACAAACGUUUCUCGACGAAAAGCAUGAAAGACCGGAAUACGUAUCCCCAAAUGACAAUAAUGACUACACAUUGGGCAGGGUCUGAAAACACAACGUCAUCAUCGCCGUAUUACCAGACCGAGAAUAUGGAAUAUCAUCAGCUGCAAGCGUCGCAAGAGAUAUGCUGCAAAGCUUCCCCAAUAUCAGAAUCGGUGGUGGUGCGCCAAGCCCCAAGCAUGAUAUCCGUACGAUAAUCCAGCAAUCCACUUUGGGUUAAUCGCUUCAGCCAAUCAAUUGAUGAAGGACCCUUCCGUCCGGGAUCGACUUUCGAAGGAGAUGGACGUCCUCUGUCUCGAAAUGGAAGCGGCAGGGUUGAUGAAUCACUUCCCAUGUCUGGUCAUUCGUGGCAUUUGCGACUACUCAGACACACACAAGAAUAAGGAGUGGCAAGGGUAUGCAGCCAUGGCAGCAGCGGCGUAUGCAAAGGACCUACUGAACCGUACUGCACCAAACAGAGUUGAGGCUGAAAAGAAGCUUACCAAGGUUAUUGAUGAAGGGUUCGCCCAUGGUUAUUUGAAGGGCGUUCACUCUUUAGCAAGUGCGUCCCAGAGUGGAGUUGAAAGUCUCAAGGUAGACAAAUAUCUUGAGAAGCUCAGGAACUGGCUCUCGCCACCCGAUUUGUCAACCAACUAUAACAAAGCAUUAGAGCAACGAAAUCCAGGCUCGGGGCAGUGGUUCCUUCAAAUCGAGGCAUACAAGGCGUGGAAACGAGAACCAAACUUCUUUUUAUGGCUUAACGGUAUUCCUGGAUGUGGCAAAACGGUACUUAGUUCCACCGUCUUUGAGAACCUCGAGAAAAUCGAAGCUUGCUCUCAAAACCUCUUGUACUUCUACUUCGACUUUACGAACACUGAAAAACAUUCUUUCGAGAAGUUAAUAUGCUCACUGAUUCAUCAGCUGUACUAUAAGAGUGAGAAAGUCCGAAGAUAUCUAGACUCACCCAACUCCUCUUUUGAUAACGGGAGGCGACGGCCAAGUAUUGACCUUCUCUCUACAACCUUACAAAAUAUGCUUCAACAAGCUGGUGAAGUCUGGAUCGUACUAGAUGCACUCGAUGAGUGUAAAACACGAAAAUACUACCCAACUGGAGGACUACUCCCGUGGAUUCGAAACCUUCGUGACUUGCAGACGAAUAUUCACCUUCUUAUUACAAGCCGUCCAGAACAAGAUAUCAAGGAGACCGUCGAGAAGUUAGCGCGUAAUAAAGACAUCAUCUCUCUCCAAAGCGACCUAAUAGAGGACGAUAUAUGUGGAUAUAUCCGGGCAAGAGUUAAGCAGUCCGAGGGACUAAGCAGGUGGCACGAGCGGCCGGAUAUGCAAAGCAAAAUUGAAGCCACUCUAGUAGAGAAGGCCAACGGAAUGUUUCGCUGGGUCUCAUGUCAAUUCGAUGUUCUUGAACAUUGCUACAGCCCUCAAGAAGUCGAAAUGGUGCGCGCGACCCUACCGGCAACCUUGGAUGAGACGUAUGCUCGGAUCUUGGAGAAUAUACCCCCCAAUCACAUGCACUAUGCAAAACGACUUCUGCAAUUCUUAAGCUUCUCCGAACGGCCGCUACGGAUUGAUGAAGCUGUUGAUGCGAUUGCAGUAGACACGGCAAGCAGACCUCGGUUUGAUCCUCAGAACGGAUCGCCAAUUCCAGAGAUCUCAAAAUACUGCUACAGCUUAGUAGUACUUUUUACGAAAAAAAGCAACCCUUAUAAAGAUGAGAUGGUUACCGAGAUACAGCUUGCGCAUUUCUCAGUUAAAGAGUACCUGACAUCAAAUCGCUUAGCAAAAAGCAUCAAAAUGGACUUCGAGGAGGCCGCUGCCAGAGCCUCUAUCUCAGAAGCCUGCCUUGCCUAUUUAUUGGAUUUGGACCAGACCUGCAAGCCACAAGAAAUUAUAAAGUCAUACCCAAUGGCACAGUACUCUGCGCAAUACUGGACGAGCCAUGCUAUAAUAGCCGAGACCCACAGCGAAACAGGCUUUAAGCUAGCAAUCGAGUUCUUUUCCUGUAAAGACUCCAUUGAAACAUGCUUAGAACUCUAUGAUAUAGGCUAAUGUCUUAAUAUACCGCCCGCAUUACAUUACGCAUCGCGGAUAGGGCUGACCAAGUCCGUCCAAAAUUCGAUCCUCAGGGGCCGACGUGAAUGCCCAAGGCGGUCACUAUGGCAAUGCUCUUCAGGCUACAUCAUAUAGAGGCCACAAAAAGAUAAUCCAGAUACUGCUCGAGAAGGGGGCCGAUAUUGAUGUUUUCCAUGCUCCAACAUAUGGAAGCCACGACGCGCACUACCAGAGCUGCAGCUCUCCCUCCAACGUACUAGAACGGCUUGAAGAAGUAGC